CUGUUACUAGUAUAAAAGAAACAGUCAGGUGUAUUUUCUGUUCAGAUGAAAUAGGUGUACAGCGAGACGAUGACGCUGGCCACGCUACCGUGGUCUUGUUUCAUACUCUGGCUGCUGCUUGUGUCCUCUCAAGCACUCCUUAUUUCGAACACAAACGGCUUCUUAAGAGCCUCUUCGACACAAACAGGCCUUUCUUUGACUCAAUCGAUUCUCGGAUGCUGUCCAAACACUUUUGAAGGAUGGUGUUCUGCGAAGACUACAGCUGGAGAAUGGCUUGAAAUCUACUAUGAAUAUCCUGUUUUGAUUUCAAAACUUAGUCUGUAUGCACCAAACCAAGGAACGAAUUAUGCAAAGCAGUUUAAGUUUGAAGUUGAAACAGCAGAUUCAAAACCAGGACAGUCCCAAAAACUGGAAGACACAGUAAAACUUGAUGCACAAAAUGGUUCAGCAGAAAUCAAUUUUGGGAAUAUUCUUGCCAGACGAAUUAGAAUCAUAGUUGUUGAUUUUGAAACAAGACCAUGCUUUCGUUUUAAGUUAACAGCUUCAGAAACAAAAGAUCUCAUUCCUGUAAAGAACAUUCCGUCUCCUGUAAUAGAACUGGAAUACAUAUCUGAAAAGAAUAUGAAACUACACUGCAAACCAAAUGUUGCUGAAGUCCCUGGAAUUCUCUACAGCUUCAGAGCAUUCUGGAAAAAUGAACCUUUAUCACAACCAGAGUUUGUACAAAAUCCAAAACCGGUUAUAAAAGAAGUUAGCGAAGAAAAUAUCUUUUCAAAUUAUCUCCGAUGUUCCCUGACUGCUUGCUAUGCAUCAAACUGUACAAACACAACCAGCCUCCAAACAAACAGCAGUGCGUUUCAACCACAAAUUCAGAUUACCAAUGAGGAUCCAAUCGUUGUCGAGGAAGGAAAAGAAACAAAAGAUCUUCGAUUUAAAUGCAAUGUACCACCACAUUUGGUAUGCAUGAAUGCUCAUAAACCUCGCAACUGUCGUGUGACCUUCCAGAUCAGUUCUAAAGAGAUGGGCAUUAAGUGUCCAAACCAAAAAUUUCUUCCACAAAUAGCUUUUGGAGCCAGUACGAUAGCAGCAGAAACAUCGUGUAAUAUUUCAUUGACUCAAGAAAACUGGCAGCAAGACCAAAUAAUCCCAGUGUAUGGCAUAGCCGAUGGUUAUAUCGAUGGCAAUACAAUGACCAACGUAACUGUCAGUGCUAAGGCUGGACAUACACAACUGCCAAACAUGUCAGCUUUCACAAAGAUAACAACCAUCGACAAUGAGAAAUCUAGCGUUUGUAUUUCCCUGAAUCAAGCUCAAAUUUCAACAUUUGAUGGAAGAAUUUAUAACAACCACCUAGAAGGGGAGUUUGUUUUCUAUAAGCACAAGUCUCUUCCCUAUUCUGUGAACGUCUUCUACCAGAACUGUACCCAUAAUGCUCCUUGCAGCUGUGGUGCUGCUAUUAAGGCAGGGGAUGAUGUCCUCCUCAUCGACAAGUGUCAGAAAAAGGAAAAUUUUGUAAAUGAACAUUUGAAUGUGAAAUUAUACCAAAUUGGAGAGCUGGAAUCUCAAUUUAGAAUUGAAAAAUAUGAAAAUGGUCGAUAUUAUAAGGUCAUCUUACCACAUGGAACUGAAAUAUUCGUGGGUGACAGCUAUGCUAACUCUGCCAAUGUCUGGGUUUAUUCAUCAUUUCAUGACUAUAAGAACACAGAAGGUCUAUGUGGUGUAUACGAUGAUAAGCAAGAUAAUGACCUGAAACAUUCAGAUGACAGUUACACACAAACAAAUACAACUUUUCCUACCAAGUUUUCUCAAAGUUGGAGAGUAAAGGAAAGCGAAAGUCUCUACAGUGGUGUCUGCAAACCAGUUAACUUCAAAAAGGGAUCAACAGAAUAUUGUACAAGCUGCACUGAUGCACAAAUAUGUGUUUCAGAACUGAGUCAUUUUCAGCCUUGCAACACAACUGGAAAUGAUAGCACCAGUGAAAUGGAAUCCCAAAAACUUGAUCCCUACAACUGUUAUUCAGGUGUGGAAUUUGUUGAUGAAUUUCAUUAUAAUCCAGACUUUGUAUUAUCUAGCUUACCACCUUGGUCUGACGAUGAAUUUAGUGAAACUGAUGCAAGAAAGUUCUGCCAAACAUAUUUAAAGGAUAAAACAUCAUUUGCUCCUUGUACCACCAAUAUUGGGAUAAAUAUUACCAGAGAAAUAGAAAGCUGUAUCACCAACAUUCAGAUUACAAAAGGUGUUAAAUGGGCUCCAGUAAUGUUGGAGUCUAUGCUGCUUCGUUGCAAUAGAAAACUGCAUCGCAUGGUGCUUGCACGACAAGAAGAUCCAAAAUUAGUUGAAGCCAUGGCCAGUAUAUGCCCCAAUGAUUGUUCUGAUAAUGGAAAUUGUGAAAAAGGAAACUGUCAGUGCAGUGCACCAUAUGCUGGAGAUGACUGCUCUGUGGACUUGGAAAUGGCACCACAAAUUUCAUAUCUUCAAAAUAAUGGCAUUUGUCAUGAUCUUGAGGAGAAUUCUUGCACAUGGGUGUCAGUGUAUGGAGGCCCAUUUUUGGAAAACCAAACUGAAUGCCACAUAUCACAAUUACAGUUGAAGCCUGAUGGUGCUACUACAGUUUCUAAUAUGACAAAAAAGGCUAUGUUUAAAAAUUAUAAUGAAGUGAAGUGUCCCCUACCAUCUAAAGGCUAUUUCAGAGUGGCAGUUAGCUUCAAUCGAAAUAAAACAAGUAACUUCAAAACAUUUAUGAGUUUCAACCCUAUAUGUCUGGACUGUGAUGUAGAGCUUGAAACAUGCAAACAGAAGAAGAACACUUGCAUUAUCAAAGGUGAAUGCUAUAUGGCACAGGAAAAAAGUUCUGCAUUCUCUGAAUUUGAAUGUAACCCAUUUCAGAAUCCAACAAAUUGGUCAAAAGCUCAAGUCCCAUGUAAUCCCACAUGGAGUGUAAACAAGGAAAAGAAGAUUGCUUUCCAUGACAAUCUUAUUAUUAGCAAUGUUUCAAAUGCAGACAUUUGCCGCCAGCACUGCAUAAAAGAAGUUGCAUUUGUGUGCAUGUCAAGUGAGUAUACAGAUACCCUGAAGGAAUGCCGCUUGUCUAAAUACCGAGGAUCUGAUGUCGUUGAUUAUUUCCUCCCAUCAAAAGAAGAUGAACUUGCAGAGUUAUAUUGCGGCAAUGAUUUUUGUAAGUUAAAGAAGAGGAUGUUUAAAGCUCAAAUGUCUAUGGCUGUUGUGGACCCUUCUGAUUUGAAGAUCAAUAAUGUUUGGACAUCUUACCAGUGUAUAUUCUAUUGUAAAAAUCAAUGCCAAUAUGCUACAUACAAUGCUAAACGCCACCUCUGUCUUCUCUAUAACAAAACUGAUGUAAAAAUGGCGCAGGCAAUUGGCUGGAAUACUUAUACACUGAAAUGUGGAAAUGAUGAUCUAAGCUCCAAGGAGGGUGUUCCACCACAAGCUGAAGAAGUUAAAGUAAUGCCAUCAUUUAAUUCUACCAUUGACAUCUUCACAUGCCACUUCGAUGAAUCUUCUCUACAACAAGAUCCUUCAAAUAUGAUAAAAGUGGAUUACAUCUGGGAGUUUGAGAACUUUGUGGUACCACAAAAAAUCAGCUCAAACAUAUUACCUAAAGAAUAUGUCAACAAAUUGAAAUAUGGCUCCGAGGUUCGCUGUGCUGUAAGUCUCUGUUAUAAGAAGAAUUGUGAAAAAUCCCGUAGCACCUUAAGCUGGAGUGAAAAAUACAGAGUAGAAGUCAAGGUGACAAACCUCACUGAUGAUAUUGUACUUAAAGAAGGUCAUGUUGGAGUCUAUUUUAUGCUCCAAGCCACAGCGCCACCGAAGAUAUUGGGUGCUGGUGUUCUGAGUGGUGACCAGGAAUUUUGGUCUGUAACAGUCGAUUUGGAUUAUGGUGUAAAUGGCUCUGUUCUAAGAUGUCCAAGCAGAGUAGUAAUACCACAAGUUGUUUUAGCUUGGCAUGUUAAAGACUCUCCCUCUAUAAGGUCAUCUUGCCAGAUAAAUAUUCAAGCUGACAACUGGAAUUCUGUGUAUGUUUUAAACUUGAAAGCUGUUGCUGAUAACAAGAUUGAUGGGAACAAACUUGGAUACAUCAAAAUGACCGCCAACUAUAAACAGAGUACUUCACAAAGUAUAAAGCUAUGGGAAGAAACCAGAAAGCUUUCUGUGAUUGAUUUGGACAGACCAGCCGUGUGCAUGUCACUGAAUGACCCCCAUAUGACAACAUUUGAUGGAACGUAUUACAACAACUUCAAUUUAGGAGAAUUCAUUUUGUACAGACACACAACACUACCAUAUGAAGUGAGGGCAUUUUACCGGCCAUGCAACGGACAUGCUUCAUGUAACUGUGCUGUGGCCAUCAAAGUUAAUGAUGAUGUUUUUGUUGUCAGCAAAUGCAAUGCAAACCACACGGUCACUUCCACAUACGAACCAAUAACAUUUAAGAUGUAUCAGUUCGGAAGCCUGACCCCUGGAUUUAGAGUUCACAUCCAUGAUGACGGCCGAAAAUUCGUGUCAACUUUACCAACUGGAACAAAGAUCAUCAUCCGACCAUCGAAUACAUACAUCACUGACUUCAUUAAUAUUUGGAUAAAGCCAUCAACGGCUGAUUUCAAUCAAACUGAAGGCUUAUGUGGAACUUUUGAUGAUGACAAAAAUAAUGAUUUAACACUUGCUGAUGGCACUGUUUAUAAAAGUAACGAACUGCGACCAGAUACAUUCUCUCUGACAUGGCGAGUUGAUCUAAAAGACACAAUCUAUAAUGGCUUCUGCCCAGAAGGAGAGGAAGAUUUUGAAAUAGAUGAAGUACCAUUGUAUUGCUCUUGUGAAUCAGGAAGUAGCACUUGUGACAAUAACAGAGACAUAUUUCUCUGUCCAUUUGAAAAUGAUGGUAAAGAUAUCACAGAAGACCUGAAGCAACGACUCACUUUCCCUGCUAAAUGCCUGAAGAUGGUUAAUCUGAAGCUAGAUCCACCAUUCACUUACGAUGAUGCAUAUGUUCCCAAGAUAUAUGGUUGGCCAACAAAUAGUGGAAAAACGUUCAAUGAUGUUGACUACACAUGCAGACGCCCAUAUAAAGUAAUUCAAAGCUGCAAGUCUUUCAAAGGUGUUUACUAUGAAUUUGGUAUAAAAUCCUGUAUUGAGGACAUUCAGAUGACUGAUGAUACAAGGUGGGAACAUAUUGUAAGUGAAAGCAUUAAGGAACAAUGUGAACUAGUCGUUCAGAGCAAUAUAAGUUUGUGGACUAAAGAUGGUCAACUCCCAUUAGAUGUUACACAACAUUUUUGUCCUACUGUCCGAUGUCAAAGCCAUGGUACCUGCGUAAAUGGAACCUGUAUAUGUAGUGAAGGGUAUGCUGGAGUUGACUGUUCAGAAAAUAUAAAAAAACCUCCAGAGUUGAUGUUAAUAGAAUCUGAUGGAUUCUGUGAUGAACAAUUAAUGGCAUGUGAUUCUCUCAUUGUGUAUGGAAAAAAUGUCCCCAGCAACCAAAAUUUAACAUGUGUUUUCAAAAUUCAUAAAAAAUUUGAACAAACUGAAAGAAUAGUAACAGUACCUGCUCAGGAAAUCACAUAUAACAUCAUUGACUGUCCAACGGAUAAAAUAUCCAGUGCCGAAUUCUCAGUCUCUCUACAUUCAAAUUUGCAACUGAGCAGCAAUAAACUAGAUGGCACUAUAGUCCAUACAGGAUGUUUUGAAUGUGAUGAAAAUUAUCGUAAUUGUGUUUACAAGGGAAACUCAACAAGAAACAAUGGAACUCGGGAAACCCAUUGCUAUAUUGACUAUACUUGUUACGAGAAAGGAGAAUUCAACCAUAAAGAGAGUCGACUGUAUUGUGAUCCUGAAAUUGAUGCAAGAGUCUGGCAAACUUCCAAAGAUUUAUGCCAGGGUUUGGAAUUGAUGUGGAGGAGACAGAAAGGUGCUUUCCUGAAUGUGAAUCCGAAAGAAAUGUUGAAAUCUGUGCCAGAUGUCAAUGCUUGCAAAAAUGCUUGCAUGUCAAAACAGGAUUACACUUGCAAGUCAAUCAACUACAUUGAAAACCUUAAGGAAUGUUAUCUGAAUGCUGAAGAUUUUGUAGACUUUCCAAACAAGCUUGAUACAUCUGUUAAAGAUUCUGAAUAUCAUGAAUGGAAAUGCAAAAAUGAUCCUUGCGGAAAAAGAGGCUGGAUGGUGGAGCGAAAAAUUGGUUAUUCCAUCGCUGGCUAUACCAAUAAGGUUAUUUCUAAUAUUUCAUCCUAUUCUGAAUGUCUGAGAUUAUGUUUACAAGAAACAAGCUUCUUGUGUCGAUCUGUUGAUGCUAGCAUUCUGUUCAAAAUGUGCUAUCUAUCUUCUGCCAACCGAGCACAAUAUCCAUCAAUGUUCAUUAAAUGGCCCUACUAUGGUUAUCUGGAAUGGAAUUGUAAUGGAGAUCCACCAAGUCUGAUGUUUGCUUCACCAACUGUGAAUGUUUCGAGGAAAGACCACAAGAUUCAAUGCCAAUUGCCAAAUCUUUCAAAAAAUGUAACCAAUGCAACGUACUAUGUUAGAUGGAUGCUAAAUGAAGAUAUUGUUGACCAAACGACUUUGAUUGCAAACGGAAGUCAGAAAGUCGUUACUCUUGAUGAUAAAUUGACAUCAAACAUGUUAUACGGAACUCAGGUUAGAUGUAGUGUUUCCAUCUGUGAGAAAAACGAUUGCCUGAACAGCAGUGUUUCUGAAAAAAUCAGUGAACCAUUAACUCUGUCAAUAGAGGUAAUUUCACCAAAGUAUAUUGAGUUGAUGGAAGGCACUAAUUCUACGGAUAUCUUACUUACAACAUCAGUUCCAGCAUCUUUGUACUGUGGGGAGUUUUGUAGCAUUCGUGUAUCAGUUGCUCUUGUGGAAACAGAAAAUGGACAUAGAUGUGGGAAGAAAGUUGCUCAAGCUACAACUUUAUUGAAAGGCAUGAAAUGCAUGUACGAGAUACCCAAAGACAAAUGGUGGUUACCCCUGGCAAUACCAUUCAAGGCCAAAAAUGAUAUGAUUUCAGACCCAGACCAAACUAGAGAUCUCAAACUGACUGUAAACGUCUAUCAGAAUAAUUCAUUAGUAAAAAACCUGAAACAGGAAACUUUAAAGUUGAAGAUUAUCAACAGAGACAGACAAGCUGUUUGUAUAGCUUUCUCACCAAUUAUAACAAACUUCAAUUACAGCUUUUAUGAAUUUCCAUAUGCAGGAGAAUUCCUACUCUACCAUAACAGACAGUUUCAACAUAAGGUCCAUAUCUUUAACAGAUAUUGCAAGAACAAGGCUACUUGCACUUGUGCUAUCGGUGUACAAUCUGGUGUUGAUGUUGUUGUCUUUAACCGAUGUUCCCCAGAUCUUGAUUCCCAAACAUGGACGCCAUUCCAACUGAAGUCUUAUUUAAAGAAUGGAGCAAACUUCUCAGAUGGAACAGAAAUAAGAAGAAUCGCUGAUGGCAAAAUCUAUAAGGUAAUUUUCUCAACUGGAACUGUGGUAACUGUCAAUGUCGGUACAAUACCUCAGUACAUCAGUGCUAGAAUUGAAGCCUCACCUAGUGAUUUACAAAACACCGAAGGUUUAUGUGGCAUGUACGAUGAUAAUGGCAUGAUUAGCCAAAGCUCUCCCUUGUCAUAUAGAGUGAACUCAGCCAGUUCCAUAUACAGUGGUUACUGUGGCAAUGCACGAAGCCUACCUGAAACUGAAUACUGUGAUUGCAUCGAUGGAGAGACACCUAUUUGCGGAAAACAGCAAGACAGAAUAUACUGUCCACAAGCCGACUCUAAAAGAUCAAGAUAUGGUGUGCACCAAGUGUUGUUUGAUGUUGGUCACCCAAAAUGUAAUUCAGAGCGAAUUGAAUUCAAAUACGAAAAUGAAGAGCCAAAGAUAUUUUCUUGGCCGACAGAAUCUGGUAUCAAUGCAUCCUUUGCAAUUUUAUCAUGUCAAGGAGUUAUGUCUUCUUUGGCUUCAAAAUGCCAAGCCCACCCUCAUAUAGGCAGUGCUUUUAUUCAAGCCAUCUUCACAUGUGCGAAAAAUAUCCAGAUGAGAGAUGAUGAACAAUUGAAAACAGCAGUUGCAGACAAUCUAAGAGAUCAGUGUCAAGUACACCUGUUAAAGAAUACAAAGUUUUCUAAUAUAAUAACCAGUGACUUUUUCUGCAUAAAUGACUGCACAAAUAACACUUCAUUGUGUAAAGAUGGUGUUUGUAGUUGUAAACAAUCAUUUCAAGGAGCAGAUUGCUUUAUAGAAUCUCCACAAGUUGAUGUAAAAGAAUAUUCUGAUGAUGGUCUAUGCAACACCCAGACUUCCAAGUGUGAUAACAUACAUGUCUUUGGAGAAUAUUUCACUGAUGUCUCUUCUUUCACCUGCAAAUUAAAAGAAAUUCAGAUACUCAAUCAGACUUAUCAGCCAUUAUCUUCCCCGGAGACCACAGUCAAGGCCAUCUUUCUUGACUUCAACCACAUUCUGUGUCCCCUUCCAAAACCGGCACAGAGUUACACAUUUUCUAUUGGUGCUUCCAACCAGAUAUUUACUUCAAAUUAUGUUUUCCAAGCAUAUGAUCCAAGAUGUUUGACAUGUACAGCUGCAGGAAACUGUUCUUUGCUUAAUGAUCACUGUCUAAUUGAAGACACAUGUUACAAUUUCACUGACAAGAAUCCACAAAAUGACACACUUGUCUGUGACCCAUAUGUCAAUGAAUAUGAAUGGUCUACAUUCCAAGUGUACCCUUACAUCCGGGAACAGCCAUCAUUUAAGGUGGAAGUGAAUGAAGAAGAUAGUUUCAAGUUCGCCUGCUAUUUUGUAUACCCAAGGACUCCAGGCAUACAAGUUUUUAUCGAAUGGUAUAUGGAUUCAUCUUUAAUCAAAGUAGAACCCACCCAGCUUGGUCGAUCAGUUUCUCUGCUAUCAAUUGAAAAUAUAAAAGGCAUCAAAUAUGGUUCAAAGUUUUCUUGUGCUAUGACUGCAUGUUUCAACAGCAACUGUUCCUUCACCCGAAGUCCUCCAAGACGAAGUAAUGUUAUUUCUGCUGAACUUGAGAUAAAGGAAAAGGAAAUGGUGAUAGAAGAAAGCACCACAAAUAACUACAUUCACGUCAAAAGUGUUAUUCCACCAAAAUAUUUUUGCCCAUCUUAUACCAACACUUCAUGUGCAUUAACUGCUACAGUUUCAUUCAAGAGUAUGAAGAAAUUAACAUGUUCAGAUAAAAGCAGUAUCUACCAAAUGGUUGCUGAACCACAAAAGAAGUCGACAAAAGGAUGUGGUUUUGAGAUUAAUUUUAAAUGGACAGCAAUUGCUGUGAGAGGCACAGCAGAUGGUUUAUAUGAUGGAAACCAAUCCGUUAUUAUAAACCUUUUACCAGGAAUUAUGACAAGCACGGCAGAGAUCACAUUUGAUAACCAAUACCAGAUUAAGACAACAGUCGUUGACAGAGAUAGAACAGCUUUGUGUAAUUCUCUUAAUGAUCCACACAUGACCACAUUUGAUGGACGGAACUAUGACAAUUUCUAUGAAGGUGAAUUUGUUUUAUACCGGCACAAAACAUUACCAUACGAAGUUCAUACAUUUUACCGGAAAUGCAACAACCGUGCCAGCUGUAAUUGCGGAGUCGCCAUACAGUCAGGUCUUAGUGUUAUUGUCGUUGAUAAAUGUAGCACUACAAAACAGAAGAAAGUACCACUGACCGUUAAAAUAUAUCAGAGUACUAAACUUGAUCCACGUACCAAAAUUAUACAGUCAGUUAAUGGUCAACAGUAUGAGUUUCGGUUACCAAUUGGGACAACAGUUUACGUGAAGGUGGGACGAGGUGGACAAAAGUCCUACAUCAAUGUUUGGAUGAAAGCAUCAACAAAUGAUUUUAACAAAACUGAGGGACUGUGUGGAACGUUUGAUGGAGAUGUCCGAAAUGAUCUUUAUUCACCAAAUGGAACUUUAUUUGAUAUAAAGGGUAGAAGACCAGAUGCAUUUUCUCUCAGCUGGCGUGUUAUGGAAAAGAACAGUAUCUACCGUGGAAUUUGUUCCGAUGACCGAGCUAUUGUGGAACCUAUGGUUUUCUGUAAAUGUGAGAGUGGCAAGCUCCCAGCAGCCUGUGACAAUCAUCUGGAUGCCGUUUAUUGUCCGGUAGCAGGAAGCACCAACAAACUCUCAGAUGGUAAAGAUAUAACUGAACAGAUAGUGGAAAAAUUUAGUUUUCUGCCAGCCUGUAAAUCUAAUAUCAAAGAGUCAUUUGACUAUAAUAAGACCUAUACACCCAAGGUGUACAAAUGGGAAGCUGGAAGAAAAUGGAAUAAAGAAAAGGCAUUCGACUUCUGUUCCCAGCAAAUGAUUAAAAUCAGAAAGACAUGUGAUAAUCUACCUGGAGUGAAUAUAGCUGAGAGUAUUGAAAAUUGUGUUGAAGACAUCAAAAUUACAGAUGAUUCUAGUUGGGUGCUUGAUGCCUUGGACAAUGUCAUCAUGCAGUGCACACAGCAUUUUCUUCGAAAUGUAACCCAAUGGGAAACUGUAGAUGGUAAAAUAACUGUAAAAGAACUUACAUUCUGUAUCAACGAAUGCAGUAACAAAGGGAGGUGUGUUGCUGGUAUUUGCAACUGUGAGAAAUCCUUCACUGGACCAGACUGUUCAAUAUCAACAACUGUGGCUCCCCAAAUAGUGGACAUCUCACCACAACGUACAGAUCUGGCAAAAAUUUCAUCGGUUAAGAUUUCCAUUGUCAUUACUGGAGGUCCAUUUUAUAUGCUAAAUCUCUACUUAUGUCAUUUCGUAAAAGCUGAACUGCAAUUCCCAGGAAAAAAUUAUACCAAUGAACUUAACCAGCAAAAAUUUACAACAUCUAAUGCAAUUUUCAUCAGCUUUGAACAGGUUGAAUGUAUUUUACCAAAAGCAAAUUCUUAUUUGGUAUUUCUUUCUACUGCAUCCUUCAACGUUCAGUCACGUAUUUGGUUUCAUCAAGUAUUCAGUUCUGACUGUUUCCAAUGUCUCCCGGGGAAGAUUUGUACUUUAAUACAAGAGAAGUUCUGUUAUAUUGAGGGAGAAUGCUACACUCUUGGUACUAAAAAGAAGGGAGACGUAAAUCUUGUGUGUGAUUCCAGCAAAAAUAUUACAAUGUGGACAGAUAUCCGAGAUUUUCCACAGUUGACAGCUGAUGUGAAAUUGGAAACAUCUUUCAAUGGCAGUGAUGUAAAGAAUCCUGAAUUUUCAUGGAUUUGUAAAUGGGGAGACUCAUUAAACAAUACUCAAAACCUUGAAGUUCAUCUAAAAUGGUUCGUUGAUGGAAAAAAUGUGUCAUCAAAUGAAAUAACUAAUAAAACUAGAAUGUCUUCCACAGUUGGUCACAGAGAACUUCUGUCAUACUUAAGUUAUGGUUCAUCUGUAUUCUGCGCCCUUGAAGCCUGUGAUAUUUCAAAAUGCCCCAACCAAAUGAGUCCACUUGUAAAGAGUAAUGUCUUCAUCCUUGAGCUUCAGCUGAUGAAUACAGAAAUGGUCAACGUUGAAGAAGGUGGACCUUCUCAGAUGAUUGGAGUACAAAGCACAUUCCCACCCUUCUUAAUAUGUGAUCAGAGUAUCAAAGAAGAUAAAUGCUUCUUAGAAUUGGCUAUAAGCACUAUGAGUCAACCAAGUAAUGUCAAGUGCCCAGGCUCAAAGAAAAUAAUUCUACAAGUCGCAGCAAAAUGGCAGAGCACCAAUAAGUUAAUCGCAAGUUGUUUCAAAACACUGACCUUCUUCAAUUGGAGGGUUACACACCAAAUUGAGGUCAAAGCCACAGUGGACAAUAUCCGAGACAAAGAUCAUAUACAAGAAAUUGAGAUACUGCUUAAGAACCAAAAUUCAACUCAAAUAAACAGAACGUCUAUAGGAAAAGUAAAGGUGAAAGCUAUUGACACAGAUAAAAUGGCUUUGUGUAAGUCAUUGAAUGAUCCCCAUCUCACCACUUUUGAUGGAACUUACUACAACAACUUCUUUGAAGGCCCUUUCAAUCUCUAUUCACAUACAACCCUCCCAUAUGGUGUGCAAGCAUUUUAUAGAAAAUGUGGAGCCAGAAGUGGUGCUUCCUGCAACUGUGCUGCUGCCAUUAGAUCUGGAGAUGAUGUAAUUGUGUUUGAUAGAUGUGGUUUCUCUAAAAAUUCCAAGAAAGCUAACAAGAAAUUGGAUAUCAAGCUGUUUUUAAAUAAAGAAUUGACAGAAGGAACACAUAUUGUUAAGAAGAACAAUGGCAGAGAAUACAGGGCUUACUUACCGACAGGCACAAUUGUAAUUAUACAACUUAGUUGGAGAAACUUCAUAAAUAUUCAAAUACAGGCUUCUACUCUGGACUACAAUAAUACCAUUGGUUUAUGUGGCUCUUUUGAUGGCAAUGCAACAAAUGAUUUAACAACAAGCGACAACAGGAUCAUUAAACAUUCCUUAUUUCCCAAUAAUUUCUCACUUUCAUGGCGAGUAAACCAAAGUGAUUCACUCUAUGCUGGAAUUUGUUUAGGCAAUUCUGAAGAAGAAGAACAAGAAGAAGAAGAAAAGAUCUGCAGUUGCAUGGAUGGUCAAGAAAUGUGUUUUUCCAGCCAGGCCACUUCUUCGUGUAGUCAGGGAGGUGACUUAAUUACAGGUUUAGGAAAAAAUAUUCUAAAAGAUGUCCAGAUCAUCUCUCUUAACUCCAACUGUUCAAAAGAAAACCGUUCGGUUUUUGAAUACGACAAAGAUUUUCAACACAAGGAACAUAGUUGGCCCACACCUUCAGGUUGGACAAAGGACAAAGCAUUGAAAUAUUGCCAGGAUACAAUAAGUAAUUCUGCAUCAGGCAAGAGUUGUAUAACAGUUGUUAAUAUCGAUUUUGCUGAUGCAAUAAAAAGCUGUGUUGAAGACAUCAAAAUAUCUGAUGGAACCACAUAUGCUCUUGGAACACUGGAGAAUAUGAAAAUUGAAUGCAAACUUGUGACUGAAAGCAACACUACAUUCUGGAUCCGAGACAAUGACGGAAACACCCAACUACCAAAUACCAUCGAAAAGCUCUGUCCAUUGGAAUGUAGUAAUGGUGGAAAAUGUGUUGAUGGAAAAUGUGUCUGUCCAAAGAACAAAAAAGGAAUGGACUGUUCCAUAGAUAUGAAGAAACCACCAGAAAUUGAUAUUCCUGAAAUCGUGAACACCUGUGACAUAUCAAAACGAAACUGUUCAUCAAUAUUGAUUCCAGGAUCCAACUUUAUCGAUGAUGGAUCAUUAUUCUGCUACUUCCAACAGAUAACUAUCUAUGAGAAAAAAGUUAUUUAUGGCAAGAAAAAUUACAUUGUGGCUGCUCAGUAUCUCAACUUCCUGUCAGUUUCCUGCAAACUACCAUUUUAUGGCAGUUUCUUUAUCCGACUCACCAACAAUAGAUUGAUCUUCAGCAUUGGAUUCAACUUCCUGCGCUAUGAACCGCAGUGUGUUACAUGUGAAGAAGAGAUGUGCGAAUAUAAGGCUGGCCACUGUUUUAUUGAUGAAAUGUGUUACACGCUUGGGAUGAAAAACCCAAAAGAUGACCAAUUUUACUGUGACCCAGAUGUCAGUGUUAACCAGUGGACCAAGCUGGCCAAAUACCCUGUCGUUGAAACAACUUUGGAUAUCUUCACCAGUACAAAGCAGAAUGGUAACUUUGAUGUUGUCUGUCAAUUCAGUAUAUCAGCCAAAGCAAAUGUGCAGCACACUUUGAUCUGGUUUGCUGGAAAGGAAGAACUCAAACAGAAUGUGUCUGUGGCAGAAAGCAGAAGUAUUUUACAUUCAAAACAACUGACCAACUUUUCUUUAGGAAUGACGAUUCAAUGUGGCAUCCAGUCUUGUUUCCAAGAUAGAUGCAAUGAUUCUUUAAGUCCUGUACGACGCAGUAAACCACUAUUUGCUGGAUUCAAGGUGGACACAAAGUCCCUAACUGUUGUCGAGGGUGAAAAAGAAAAGCACAUCGAAAUUGUUUUGACAUUCCCACCAAGUUUCUUCUGCAAAGUUGCUGACCCUGAAUUUUGUAGCAUUACACUUGUACCAAUUUUCCAAUUAAAGAAUGAAUAUAGGUGUGAAAAUCUCCAAAUUAUGCAAGCAGUGGUUGGAUUCAGCACUUGUCCAAAGAACACAUCAUGUUGUGCUCUACACUUUACUAUGGAUAAUUGGCGCCAGCUAAGAACUCUACCGAUUAAAGCAGUCGCAGAUUCAUUAAGAGAUAAAACCCAAACCAGAAUACUUGAUAUUUCAGCCUCUCUUGUGUAUAAAGGUGAUCUCAUAACAAAAAGCUUGGUCACUAAUGUAAAGGUAACAAUUGUUGAUAACAAUAAAAGUGGAGCUGUAUGUAAAUCUAUAAAUGAUCCCCAUAUGACAACCUUUGAUGGCAAAACUUAUAACAACUUUUUUGAAGGAGAAUUUGUUCUGUACAAGCAUAUAACUCUGCCUUAUGCGGUUCAUGCAUUCUACAAAAAUUGCAAUGGUGCUGCUUCCUGCAACUGUGCCGUUGCUGCACUGUCUGGUGAUGAUGUCAUUGUGAUUGAUGGAUGUGACUUAGAUAACAAAGCUUCAAAAUCAUCUUCCUUCAAAAUAAAAAUGUAUGUUAAUGGAGAACUGACACCAGGAACUCGAGUGAUACGAACCUCUGGCAAAAGUUUUGAAAUCCAUUUCCCCACUGGAACUCAUUUAUUUGUAAAAUUUAGAUCAUGGAGGAAAACAAAUAAUUUCAUGAAUGUCUGGCUUUAUCCCUCUGCAUUUGAUACCAAGAAAACACUUGGACUGUGUGGAACAUUUGAUGGCAAACGAAGUGAUGACUUCGUCAAUGAAGAAGGCAAACUCCUCACAAGGAAAGCGUUUUCUCUCAGCUGGAGAGUCAAACUUGAAGACACCCUCUACAAUGGAUACUGUCCAGAAGAUUCUGAUGAUGAAGAAGAAAAACCAACUAAUAUUUAUUGCAAUUGUGCAAAUGGUAUGAAUGAAAGCUGCAGCAAAGAUGAAUACAUUUUCAAAUGUGACAGAAACAUCAAAAAGAAGAAAGGGACUGAUAUAACAGAUCUAUUAUUGGAAAAUAAAGUUGCUCCUAUGAAAUGCGUUGUAGAUGUGCCACAAGUCAAUUUCACUUUUGAUAUUAACUACAUACCACUGGAACCAAUAUGGCCCACUCCAUCAGGCAUAACCAAAAUCAAUGCAACCCACAUAUGUGAAACAUUUAUAACCACCACAAAAGCUGGUAGCCUAUGUAAAGAUAUUGUCAAGGAAAAAUUUACGACAUCUUUGGCGUCUUGCAUUGAAGAUAUUGGUUUAACAGACGACAUUUCAUGGGUUAAUGCUGCCUUGUCAGACAUCAAGCAAGUCUGUGAGAAAGAAAUAGCAACUAACCCUGAAAUCUGGGUUAAAGACAACACCACCAACAUUCUGAAACCGCCCCAAGACAUUGAGGAUACUCUUUGUCCGAACGAGUGCUCAAAUAGAGGAAACUGCUCUGCAGGUUUCUGUAACUGUUUUGAUGGCUAUGUUGGUGCUGAUUGUUCCAUCAAUGUCACCACUCCUCCAAUCCUUGAAGAAAUCACUUCUGGAAUGUUAUGUGAUACCCGUAUUAGAAACUGUUCAAAAGUAUCCAUUAUUGGGAGCAAUUUCGUCAACACAGCAAAAUUGACCUGCCAUAUUACAGAAAUUAAGUUUGUAAAUGGCAAAGUGACAAGGGGGUCCACAUUAUCAGUUUCAGCCGUCUUUGUCAGUUCCAAUCUAUUGAUCUGCUCUUUCCAAUCCGUCCAGUCAUGGGAGAUCUCAGUGAGUUUUUAUAAAAACAUCAAGAGCAACGUUUUACUUUUCUUCGCAUUUGACUCACGUUGCACCAUUUGUGACACCAACAGUUGCCAAGAAAGAACUGAUAUAUGUCGAAUUAAUGGUAAAUGUCAAGAACCAGGAGAAAGCUUUGAAGAUGAUGAAAUCAAUAUUUGUAACCCAACUUCUAGUAAAACUCAGUGGACAAGAAUUACAGCUGACAUAAUUAAAAUGAAACGUGUUCACAUUACAAACAUCAUCGGUAAUACAUUAACCACAACACAAGGAAAUAUGACACUCAUUGGAAAUCCUUCUUUGGUGGACGGCUGGAAAGGUGGUUUUGCAAUCAAUUUGAGGAAUGGACAGUGUCUGCAAACUGAAAAUUAUUUUUCUGGAUUCUUUGACUGCUUCAGAAAAAAUGGUCCCAAUUGCCUUUUGGGAUUCACUAUGAAAUUCUCUAUGAAGAUCAUGAGGUUACAAGAAAAUUCUUUAAUAAUGUCAACUGCUUCUGAUGUAUCAACUUCUUCAGGAAUGUUUAUGUAUUACAAAAGGGGCAAGUUAAUUGUAACUGUUGCUUUAGAGCAUUAUACAUGGAGCGUCUACACCAAACUCAGAAGUAUUAGAGCUUUCUCGACAUUUCAAAUUAGUUGGAGCAAGACCAUGGGAUUGUCCCUCCUCGUCAACGAUAAAUAUAAUGCAAAGUCUAGAAAAUACUACUUCUCGAAUACACCAAAGAAUGUACCUACAGAGAAUACACUCUCCAUAAACUGUGAUGCCAAGAAGACACGAAAAGUUUCAGAUAUUACUUUUGGGAGCUUCAGUGUAUGGCUUGCAGAACAGAGAAUUUUGGUUGCCUUAGAAAUAACCACAGAUGAACCUACUUUAAAUGCAAUGCCUGUUCUAAAUUUGAACCACACGGAAAACACUAUGUUUACCUGUGCAUUUGAAAUGAUCAGAAGAAAAGAUGUAUCAUACAGUGUGAAAUGGUAUAUUGAUAAUGAUAUGAAAAAGGAAGAACCCAUUGAAAGAGGGGUUUCCCAAAUCUCAUGGAAGCAGACAGAAUCCUAUGCUUAUCCCAUCGGUACAGAGGUGUUUUGCGAGAUAAUUCCUUGCUUUACAUUCGACUGCGCUAACACUGUUGGACCAUUCAGACGGAGUAAGAAGUUUGUAUCACAACUAACUGUGCAUGGAAAUUCAUUCGCCAUUGUUGAAGGUGACACCAAGAAUAUAUCUAUCAGUACACCAUUACCACCAAGAAUGCUCUGUCCUUUAAAAUACCAAUCAGUUGUUUCUUCAACGAUAGAAGUCAGCAGUAGCAUAGAACCUCAGAAAAACCCUUGGCAGUGCUCAGAUGGUAAACCACUCAUUCAGCUUGUCUUUGGUUACUCAGCCAACAGGAAUUGCACUGGAAUAUCUUGUCCUGACAUAAUCACAAAUGCUAAGAGUAGUUGGUUGGACAACAGACUAAAUAUUCCUUUGAAAGCAACAGUAGACAUCAUCAAAGAUGGCUCCCAACAACUGACAUUGCUUCUAAAUGCUGACCUCAUUUGUAAUAAAAUUGUGGACCCAAUAAUGAAGGAUUUUAAAAUUAAAGUGACAGUAAAGGAUAGAUAUACACCUACAUGCAAAUCAGUUACAGAUCCACAUGUUACCACUUUUGAUGGAAAGUAUUUUAAGUGCUUUGAAGUUGGAGAAUUCUUGCUGUAUCGACAUAAUACCCUUCCUUUUGCAGUGCAUGCAUUCUACAAAAGCUGCAAUGGUCGAGCAUCUUGUAACUGUGGUGUUGCCGUGCAAUCUGGAGACAAUGUUAUUCUAUUGGAUAGAUGCAAAGGAAGUCAACUAAAAAUAAGAAUCUUUAAAAGCAGUGAUACUUUACUCGCUGGAACAGCCAUUCACAGAUUAGCAGAUGGUAGAAAAUAUGAGAUUCAUCUUCCAACAGGCAGCGUCAUUUCUUGCCAACUUACCUCAACAUUUAUAAAUCUCUGGAUGCGAGCUUCUCCAAAGGAUUUUAAUAAAACUGAAGGUAUGUGUGGUAAUUAUGAUGGAAAUAGAAGAAACGACCUGCUAAUGCCAAAUGGAACAUUUUAUUCUAAAAAGAGCAGUUCACUACGAACUUUCUGCCUUGCCUGGAGGGUAAAUAAAACCGAUUCUCUUUACAAUGGCUAUUGCCCAAAAACUGAAGAGGCAAACAACGCUGUCAUUUAUUGUCAGAAUGUGAAUGGCACCAAGAGUAAAUGUUCAGCAACUGGUGAUGUUAAUUUCUGUUAUCAGAAGAAAAAAUCAAACACUGAUGUAACUGAUUUCUACUGGAAAGAAGCAACCUAUCCAAGGAAGUGCUUAGGAGAAGAAUCAGAAGAAUUUAAAUACGAUGAAGAUUAUGAUGCAGGGGAACAACCCACCGUAACUCCAAGUGGUAUAACAGAAGACCAAGCGAGAGGAGAGUGCCAAACCUUCCUUUCUCUCAAGAAAACAUUUUCUUCUUGUGAAGCAGUUAAAGAUCUCAAUGUAGGAACAUCAGUGGAAGCUUGUGUGACAGACAUAAUGAUGACAGACAACUUAGUUUGGCGAGUAGCCAUGUACGAAGACAUCAAAGCACAGUGUGAGAAUCUUUUGAAGACAGACACCGAUAACUGGAAGAAGGAUAAUAUCAGUGGUACCAGCCGGCCGCCUGACACUGCUGACGCAAUUUGUACUGACGAUUGCAAUGGAAAUGGUGAAUGUGUGAAAGGAGAAUGCGUGUGUAAUGGAGAUUACACUGGAGAAACCUGUUCCGUUAAAAAGAAUAUUCCUCCAAGACUGGAUGGUAUUGAAGGUGGGAACAUCUGUGAUGUUAAUCUACCAAAAUGUCAGGAUAGGAUUCAAAUAUCUGGAGAAGGUUUCACAGACAAAAUUAAUCUCACAUGUCGCUUCGUCUCUACCCAGGAGAGUAAAUCUUUUUAUACCCAAGGAACUUUACUCAGUACCCAAAGUAUCUACUGCAAAGUGCCACCAGCAAGUACCUACAAUGUGUCUGUCAGUAACAAUGGUAUCACUUGGAGCAACUCUUUGGUUUAUGUUCUCUAUGACUCGAAAUGUUUCUCAAAUUGUACAAUUACUAAAUGUACUGUCAAAAAAAACAUUUGUACUAUCAACAAAGAGUGUUAUCCUCGGGGAUAUGUGGAUGUCACCAAUUUUACCAGUGUUUGUUAUCCUGAGAACUUACCAAAUGACUGGUCCAUUAUUAACCAAACUGACAUAAAAAUAUUCCAGAAGGUUCUCAAUAAAAGUUUAGUAACAGCAAAUUUCUCACAUCAGUUGAACAUAGUUGAAGGACCAUUUGGUGAGCCAUCAUUAUCCGUAAAUGGAGAAAUAAAAGGGAUAAUUCUUACUGAGUUACCAAAAUGUUUGUUAAAUCCAGAACAUUGUUCCCUGGGAGUAACCUUCUCCUUUUCUUUGAAGCUUCAUAAAACUGACAAAACUUCACACAUAAUAACAACGGAAAAGGACACGUGUGGUUUGAAUGUAAUGUAUGAUAAGAGACAAUUGAUAGUUCGGCUUCAAACCAUCAAGAAAGAAUGGCUCUUAUCUACACCUGUGUCUAUAAUGGAAAAAUUUAUUGAUGUACAAAUUUCUUGGAGUGAACAAUUUGGCUUUUCUUUGAGUAUUGAUGGGAAGAUGAAAGCUUCUACAAAGGUGUAUACAUUACUGAAGACCAUGAAGUUACGGUGCAGUUCACAGGUACUGAUUGGGUCCACGAAGGUGAAAAGUUACUUCACGACUGGGAGCUGGAUAAUAAUUACAGCCGAAAUAAAGAUUAUUAAAGCUCUAAAUGUGUUCACAGAGCCCCUAAAAUUCCCAGAAAGGCCUACAAUUAAAUUCGAUUACAUUGAAAAAGCAGAUGUCAUUACAGCAUUUUGUCACUUCCAACCUCUUGCACAUGACAAUCUCCAUUACUACGUGCAGUGGAGCUUGAAUGAUUUUAUCAUUUCUGACUCAUCAGUUUUACCAAAUGGCCAGCAUUUUCACUCAAUUAAUGAAUCUAGUAUGAAGCAGCUGAAGCUCAGAGACAAAAUUUACUGCCAAGUUUCUGCUUGUGUGAAAUCUGACUGUGCAGCCACAAAAACAUUUUGGAGAAAGAGUUUAGUGUUAGACGUUCUCUUUGGGCUAAAGACGAAAACUUUAACCAUUAAAGAAGGAGGAAAAUCUGGUUUCAUUGAAGUCUUUUCCACCAUUCCUCCGCGUCUCUUGUGUCGUACUGAAGACCGUAAACAGUACUGUCAAGUUCUUGUAGUACCAGUUCUUGAACAGAAAUCCUCAGAAUUAAAGUGUUCCAACAAACUUUCAAUUACCCAAGCCGUGUUUCCAUGGCAAGGAAAUCUGAAAAAUGAAGAGAACUUUUGCAAGUACAACUUUGAUACAAGAGGCCGUAACAAUACCCUGCAUAUUCCUGUAAAAGCAGCGAUAGAUGGACUUCUUGACAAGAAUCAGAACCGACAAGUAACUUUGACUAUCGAAAUACUCUUUAACAAUAUUGUAGAAACAUCUGUGGAAUUGGGUAGCACAAAAGUAACAAUCGUAGAUCAAGAUAAACAUGCCCUUUGCCGAUCAAUCAAUGAUCCCCAUAUGACAACCUUUGACGGAAAAUUUUAUAACAACUAUUUCGAAGGGGAAUUUGUUCUUUAUAGGCAUACAACCCUGCCUUAUGCGGUGCAUACUUUCUACAGAAGCUGCAACAACCAUGCAUCAUGUAAUUGUGCCGUAGCCAUUCAGUCUGGAGAUGAUGUGAUUGUAAUUGAUCGGUGUAGACCAACAAAGAAGACCAAGAAGGGCUCAACAUCAAUCACACUGUACUUAAACGAUGAACUGACCGAAGGAACAAGAAUAAUACAGCUUUAUGGAGGUCGAAAGUAUAUGGUUUACCUUCCGACUGGCGGAAAAGUUAUUGUCCAGAAUUCCAACAGCCGUUCCAGCCACUUCCUCAAUGUUUGGUUCAAGGCAUCAGCUGCAGAUUUUGAGCACACUGUGGGUCUUUGUGGAACAUUUGAUGAUGACAAAACAAAUGAUUUGCUUACAAGUGAUGGAAAAAUUAUAAACUUUAAAUCAAAAAGACCCAAAGAGUUUUCACUCAGCUGGAGAGUGAAACUUAAUGAGACAUUGUAUGAUGGUUAUUGUCCCACCAAAACUAAUGCAUCAAUGGGGCAAGUUUUCUGCCAAUGUAACCAGAAACAGGCUGCCAAGUGUGGAGUUGAUUAUGACAAGAUGACAUGUCAACAUCUAAGCAAAUACGAUAACAAAAAGAGGAAGAAAAGCAAAGGAGUAGACAUCACUGAGAAGUUAGUUGAAGAAAGUAGUAUGCCACCCAAAUGCAUUUCGUCUGACGAGAAAGUACAUUUUGAAUUUGAUAGUAACUAUACAACUCCAGAUGUUUCAUGGCCAACACCUUUAAACAAAACCAAAACGCAAGUUGAAGAAUUUUGUAAAAAAAAGAUUUUGCUUUCUGCUGCUGGAUCAAAAUGCAAGGAGUUUGAAAAUGUCAAUGUUGAAACAACUGUCGAGGGCUGUAUUGAAGAUGUACAGCUAACCGAUACAUUUGAUUGGGCCUCUGAUGCAGUGGAAAACCUCAAAGAACAAUGCAUAAAUGAAAUAGAAACCAAUGUCACAUUAUGGGUGCUCACUAAUGAUACACUGGAAAUCCCCGAGGAAAUUUUUGACAACAUUUGUAUCAAUGAUUGCAAUAACCACGGCAAUUGUUCUCAGAGUAAUUGUAUUUGUGAAAAAGGCUGGUUUGGAGAAGAUUGUUCAAUAUCUAUUGCCCAACCUCCAUCCGUUGAACAAAUAGAAUUCACAAAAUCCUGUUUAGUAAAUGCUUCUGAAUGUUACAUCCGUUUAAGAGGUUCACGGUUUUCUGGAUCAUCUGAAAUGACUUGCACUAUUUAUAAAAUCAACGACAAUCUCAGUGGUCGUAAAUAUGUUGAAGAGAAGGAACUUGUUUAUGUGUCGAGUGAGGAGGCACUGUGCCAACUUCCAGGCUUUGGUUUAUUCGAAAUCACGAUCAGAAAUUUUGCCAAUAGUUCAAUCACAACAGUCAAUGUCACGUAUUAUGAUGGAAACUGCAAGACUUGUGACUUACAAUCUGGAUGCCAAGACCGAAAAGACGUAUGUCGAAUAAAGGACAAAUGCUAUCCCCAAGGCGUCGUUAACCCAGAGAAUCCUACUUUAUAUUGUGAUAUAACAUUUUCUACAACACAGUGGACUCAAAUACGAUCGGAUAGAAUUAUUUUUAUAAAUUUCCAGUUUCUGGAGAUUAAAGGUAACGUACUAUAUCUACCGUCAAAUAACACCAUUUCCGUUGUUGGACAACCACAGUUGGUUCCAGGAAAAAGAAAUGAAUUAGUGCUGGAACUUGAUGGCCAAAAUGAUUAUCUGAGUCUUCGUUACACAAAUCUUUGUUUAUUUAACCCUAACCUGUGUUCUUAUGGCAUUACACAUUCAUUUACAUUGUCUCUGCUUACUUUCAAAGAAAAUACUUAUAUCUUCACCACAUGUGGAAACAAAGAAACAUAUAAUGGUUUCAGUUUUUACUAUGCAAGCAAAGAGCUGGUGUUUUCUGUCUCCACAGCAACCCAUGUUUAUAAAGCUAAAAUAGUUGGUAUUGACCAAGAAAUGUAUAAACAAGAAAAUGAAUACCAUCUUUCAUGGUCAGCAGAAACAGGAGCAACUGUUUUUGUGAAUGGAAAAAAUGUUUCCAAGUCAUUAUCUUUGAAAAGGAAUAAGGCUAUGGUGAAGUACAACAUCUGUCAACUGACAAUUGGAAGAGAUGCCACGGAUUCAAAACUAUAUACCAAAAUGAAAUUUGGAAGCUGGAGAAUAUAUUUUGCAUCAAGGACAAUGCUUCUAAAACUGGGAUUCCUUUUAGGAUUGCCUGAAGUCAAAACUGAGCCAGCAUUAAAACUCAAUUAUGAUUCCGAUACUGAAAAGGUUAAUUUCACUUGUGGGUUCCCUCUUGUACAAGGUUAUGAUGUCCAGUACAUUGUUACCUGGUGGAUUAAUGGCGAAAGGACAUGGCAAGACACAUCAGCAACAUCAGGUAUUAGUGUUCUAAAAGAGGACCAGUUUGGCACCUUCUCAUACAACAGUCAGAUCCAAUGCAGUGUUGCAGUAUGUUUGCGUGAGAAUUGUCAAGGAACCCUGGGCAAGGAGAAAGUCAGCAACACCAUCAGAGUUUCAAUUGAGAUUCUAACAAAAGAACUGGUUUUAGAGGAAGGCAAACCACCAAAACCUAUUCAAAUCAAAUGCAACGUCCCUCCCAGUUUAUUUUGCACCAAAGCAGAGAGAGAUGAAGGUUCUUGUAAUGUCCAGGUGAAAGGUACUGUGGAUGGGGUGCGAAUGAAGAAAUGUCCAAAUGGUCUGAGUAUUAUACAAUCAGUUUUUCUGCAGACAGGCAAGGAAUCAAAAAUAAUGGAAAAUGUCUGUGGUAUUCCACUCAAUUCAAAGAAUUGGCAAACUGUUCAAGAAAUAUUCAUCAAGUCUUCUAUAGAUACACUCAUCGAUAAAACACAAGAAGAAAGUAUCAUAAUCUCAAUUGCAGUUCACCUUGAUCGCUUCACCAGGAGGUUGGUUAAUGCAGGAAGAGUGAAAGUGAAAGUUGUUGACAUGGACAAAAAUGUUUUGUGUAAAUCUAUAAAUGACCCUCAUAUGAGAACAUUUGAUAGGCAAAAUUACAAUAACUUUUUUGAAGGUGAAUUCAUCAUGUAUCGACACAAGACACAACCUUUUGAGGUCCGCAGUUUUUACCGUUCUUGUAAUGGGUUUGCUUCUUGUAACUGUGCAGUUGCGGUGCGCAGUGGAGAUGAUGUAAUUGUCUUUGAUCGAUGCGGUUCAUCAAUGGUAAAGCCCAAGGACAAAAUUCCAAUGACAGUUAAAAUUCAUCUCAAUGAUGUCUUGACCCCUGGCACAAAAGUUAUCAGCUUCAACGGUGGCAAGAAGUAUGAAGUCCAUCUUCCAACUGGGAUGGUUGUCAACAUCCGACAAAGCUCAAGUCGUUUAGGCAGUUUCCUUAAUCUGCAGAUAAAACCAUCAGCCGUUGACUUCAACAAUACUGAAGGUUUGUGUGGAACAUAUGAUGGAAACAAGAAGAAUGACUUUUUAAUGCCUAAUGGCACCUUAUAUACUGUAAUCAAGAAAAGCAAACCAGAUCCAUUUUCUCUGAGCUGGAGAGUUGAAGAGAAAGAUUCUCUUUACGAUGGAUAUUGUCCAACUGCAAAUUCUAAAGAAUAUGGUCAACGGUACUGCCAGUGUGUAGAAAACAAACCAGAAGUGUGUGGUCCCAACUUUGAUGUCAUAAACUGCAACGCACCAGUAGCAGUUCAGAAAGGAAAGAAACGGAAGAAAUUCUUGGGAUUGGACAUGACUGAAACGUUGCUCAAGAUAGCAGAGACGCCAGAGAAAUGUUUAACUAAAGAAACACAGAUAAUAUUUGAAUACAACAGGACCUAUGUAGCAGGGGAAUUCCAGUCAAAUCUUACUGAAGCAGAGAGUAUGAAGAAAUGUUCUGAACAUAUUAAAAAUUCUAAAAUAGGAAAACAGUGCAAAUCCGUAGCAAAUAUAAACUACACCGAGAUUAUUUACUUCUGCAGUCAAGAUCUAAUGUUAACUGGAAAUGUGAUGUGGACAUUAGCAGCAAUAAGCAACCUGGAUGAAACUUGUCUCACUCAAAUAAAGACCAACAUUACUGAGUGGAUAGUUCCUGAAGUGGUGAACUACCUGAGUUUCCUUCAAAUAUAACUGAUGCACUUUGUUUGAAUGACUGUAGUAAUCAGGGUACCUGUAAGAAAGGUAUCUGCUUGUGUAACCAAACAUUUGAUGGUGUUGACUGUUCCAUCAGUAUUCUCAUACCACCAACUAUUGAGACAACAUUCUUCAUCAGAAAGAUCCAAGUUUUGAACAAAAUAAAAGACCUGGUAAUAACUGGAAGUGGUUUUAUAGAAGGUCCCAAUCUUACUUGCUCAAUCAGAGAAAAU